AUUUGUAAUUAUUUUAGUUGUUCAGAUAAUUUUAAAAUGACAUUUGUGUGGCAACUUCGAAAAGUGCUGCAUACUUCUCACCUAAAGAUUUUGACUAUCAGGAGCUCAAGUUCUCCACAAACUCAUUUAUCCUGUCAUCAACAUUUGAGUGAUACUUCGUUUCCUUCGAGUCAUCUAUCAUUGCAACAGAACCGCUUUUGCAGUUCUUCAACAUCAAACCAGCAAAAAAAUAAAAAAUCUUUAUGGGAUGAUUCUGACUGGAUGAAUCAUAAUGAUUCUAAUGCAGAAGCAUAUUCAGAACUUGACAUAACAAAACUCAAGCCAUUUCCAGAAUUCCGUAAUGUUGCAACAGGUGCUGUUUGGGGAUCCAAUGCCUAUGAGAAAGUGUGGGGUCCAUAUUAUAAAAAAAAGUCACCCGAUGCUAUGUUCAGAAAACAGAAUUCGUUGUGGAAAAAAUUUGUUAUAGAUAAUGGUUUUGAGCCGACUGAAUAUUUUUCAUCAUUGGAUUUUAAAGAUAAAUAUGGUGAUAGACUUGUAUGGGAAGAUUACAGAAGAAAUCACAAGGGAUCGAGACCAAUACAAACAACAAGGAAUUCUUGUAUAUAUAAUAAAAAGAUGCAAACUGGUAGUCCUUGCCCAAUAUGUCGAGAUGAGAAAUUGUUUGUUAGUUAUAAAAAUCUGAUAUUGCUUAAUCAUUUUAUUGAUCCCUAUAGUGGAAAUGUCCAUCACAACCUGAGGACUGGUGUUUGUAGAAGGAAACAAAAAUUGCUAGAAGCUUCUGUAGCACUCGCCAGAGAACUUGGUCUUCUAGCGAAACCCAUGCCCUCGUCAUUCAAACAAAGACUUGAUUCAUAUAGGGUUGAUCACCCUGCUGUUUGGCCCUUAGCCGAUACAACCGAUGUUUCAGCCGAUACAACUGAUGUUCCAGCCAAUACAACCGAUGUUUCAGUCGAUACAACUGAUGUUUCUGACUAAAUUGAAAAUUUCUAUCAAUUUUAUACUGUGAUCCCUAUUUACAGAUGUCAGUUCAACGUUAACUUGCUUGAAUGCUGGUGAGCUAAAUCUGGGAAAAGCUCUACCCAACAUAUUAGGCGUGUAUGAACAAAUAUUCUUCAUCAUAUUUGAAUUCGCAACAAAGGUGAAUGUGACAGUUUUCAGUCUGACUCUGUUUCAUGUAUUAUAGUUCUUUGCAGUGUUCACUAUGAGAGCACUUUUUCCUAGAGACUGAAAUUGACAUUUCUUCAUUUUUGAAGAGAAAAAAUUUAAAAUUGACAAAUAAGUUGCAUGCUGGUAAUUUUGUAAUGCAAUUUUCUCCUUUCCUGUACAGCUCACAGUGGGUCGAUUCGCUAGGCACUGAAAAUGUUCAUACUGUGUUUGCCCAAAAAUAAGACAGGGUUUUAUUUCAAUUUUCUUUCGAAAAAUAACACUAGGGCUUAUUUUUUUGGGGUUGUAUUUUAUUUUCAUUUUUCCAAUAUCCAAAUUAUGAAAACCGAUACCCAUUUACUUAUAAUUCACAUGUUUUUAUUUGAAUAAAAAUGCUAAACAUAGAUUAUUGAUAAAUGACCAUAUCAUCGUCUUCUGGAAAACGUGUAGGAGAGAUUACAUGCUAUUUACUAGGUCAAAAAAAAAUUUGCCUCAAUGACUAGGUCUUAUUUUAAGGGGAGGACUUAUACUAUAAUCAUUUUUAAAACUCAGGCUAGAUCUUAUUUCGGGAAAAAACUGUAAUAGAAAUAGUAUUAAGUGUUGGCCUUUUUUAUGUUCAGUGCUGUUACUCUCCGUUUUUCUUUGUAUUCUUCUACUCA